AUGCCAAUGUUCAAAAUGAUGCAAGGAAUGAUAUUUGCAAUUGAAGAAAUUAACAACGACCCAUAUCUUUUACCAAACAUCACAUUGGGAUUUGGAAUUUAUGAUUCUUGUGAUACAAUAAAAAAAGCUCUUGAAGGAACUUUGUGGUUACUGUCUGGUCAAGGAGAGACAGUUCCCAAUUAUCUUUGCCAAAGAAAAUCUACAGUAGCAGCAAUUAUUGGGGAGUCACGAUCUCAGGUUUCAAUUCCUAUGGCUCGGAUACUGGGAUUGUAUAUGUUUCCUCAGGUUAGCUAUGGCUCUGGUGCUUUGACCCUGAAUGACAAAAGACAGUUCCCAUCUUUUCUACGGAGUGCAGCUAGCAGCUACCUGAAGUACAGUGCUGUGGCUCGAAUGUUGCUCCAUUUUGGGUGGAACUGGGUGGGGCUUCUCGCAGAAGAUGAUGACUAUGGUCAGCAGGUCAGUCAAGUACUGAGGGAUCAGUUUUCCAGAAGUGGUGUCUGUCUUGACUUUUUUGAAACCCUUCCAGUAGUUGGUUUGGAACUGAAAAUCAGCUACUUGGUUGAAAUAAUUAAGAAAUCCUCAUCAGCUGUGAUUGUGGUUACAUCUUCUGAUAGCAGACUGCAUCCUCUGAUGCAAGAACUUUCAAAGAGAGACUUUGCUGGAAAAGUGUGGGUCGGCAAUGAAGAAUGGCCUGAUUCAUUAUUGUUCUUCAAACCAGAGUUCCUAAAAAUACUACAAGGCACAAUAUGGUUUUCCAUUCACACAGGGGAAAUGCCAGGAUUCAAAGAAUUCCUUUACAGAAUCUAUCCUGCUAAUGUGCCAGGGGACCAUUUAACUCAAAUAUUUUGGGAAAAUGUAUUUGGCUGCAAAUGGUUAAAUUUCAUAGAAAAAAAUACAACACAUGUUUUAAGAGAUAAUAUUAACAUUUGUACUGGCAAUGAAAACUUGCAUGAUCUUAAAAUACCCUUUUUUGAUGUGUCAAAUCUGGGUUACACAUAUGGUGUAUAUCCAGCAGUCUAUGCAGUAGCAUAUGCACUACAUGACCUGCAUUCCUGUCAUCCUGGUCGGGGUCCAUUUCUAAACAAAACAUGUGCAAAUGUUAAUGACUUGGAACAAUGGCAGCUAUUCCAUCAUCUGAAAAAUACCCACUUUGUCAACUCUGCGGGUGAGGAGAUCUUUUUUGAUGCAUAUGGAAACCCGCCUGAUGCUUAUGACAUUUUCAACUGGCAGGUGACAGUGAAUAACGCAGUUAAGUUCUCAAAAGUGGGCAGCUUUGACUCCAGGGCACCUGGUGGUUAUGACCUUGUGAUACGUGAUAAAGAUAUUAUGUGGAAUGGAAAUCAGAUGCAGGUCCCAGCCUCUGUCUGCAGUACCAGUUGUUCUCCUGGCUUUCGAAAGGCCAGUGAGCGGGGAAGACCAGUCUGCUGUUUCGUCUGCAUACCGUGUUCAAAAGGAGAAAUUGCUAACCAAAGUGAUUCAACAGAAUGUCUUUCUUGCUCACAUGAUCAGUGGCCCACAGAAUCAAGGGAUAAAUGCACAGACAAAUCUGUAGAAUUCCUCUCCUACAGUGAUUCACUAGGACUAGCUCUGGCUUUCAUCUCCUCCUUCUGCGCUCUUUUGCCUACAGCUAUCCUCAUCAUCUUCAUCAAAUACCAUAACACUCCUGUUGUAAAGGCCAAUAAUCGUGAUAUAAGUUAUAUCUUGCUUGUUGGACUCAUGCUUUGUUUUUUAUGCUCGCUGGUAUUCAUUGGGCAUCCCACUACAGGAACAUGCAUGAUUCGCCAAGCUGCUUUUGGUGUAAUUUUUGUCCUUUGUGUUUCCUGUGUGUUAGCAAAAACUGUGAUGGUAGUUAUUGCAUUCAAUGCUACAAAGCCAAACAGUAACUUAAAAAAAUGGGUUGGGCCAAAAUUACCAAACUCUAUAGUUUUUGGGUGCACUGUUGUUCAGAUUAUUAUAUGUUCUGUUUGGCUAGGUAAAUCCCCGCCUUUUCUUGAACUGAACCCCAGCUUACAAAUGGGGGUGAUAAUAGUUCAGUGUAAUGAAGGGUCCUCUACUGCAUUUUGGUGCAUGCUGGGAUAUAUGGGUCUCUUGUCAAGUAUCAGUUUUGUAGUUGCUUUCUUGUCAAGAAAUCUCCCUGAUAGCUUCAAUGAAGCCAAAUUUAUCACUUUUAGCAUGAUUGUCUUUGUAAGUGUGUGGCUGUCCUUUAUUCCAGCAUAUUUGAGCACACAGGGCAAGUACAUGGUAGCUGUUGAGAUCUUUGCAAUUUUUUCAUCUGGUGCUGGCUUGCUGGGAUGUAUAUUCUUCCCAAAAUGUUACAUAAUUUUAUUGAGGCCUAGUAUGAAUACUAAAGAAUACUUAAUGGGAAAGGGAACCUGA